AUGGAAGUGGUGAAGACCCUACGCUACGACAAACCCGUCGAAGGUGCUAUGUGGCUGGCUGCUAUCCACCCGUCCAGUGGGGGGUCCCCUACUCCAAUGCUUCCCUACUUCGUGAACAAAGUGCUCGACGGUUCCAUACGUCCUGACACCGGGACAGUCGUCUAUGUCGUCAUCGACAAGACACCCGCUGGCACUAACCCCUCAAAGCCUACGUCAGGCAACUUCGCCGGCAUCAUACGGACGCACAUCACCACGAACGCUAUCGGUCUACUCCUUCAGUACGCCCUCGAUUCACCCCCGCAUGGCCUAAGACUCCGCCGUGUGCAAUGGAGGGCGAACAUGCUGAACACUAAGAGUAUAGGUGCUGUACACAAAUUUGGGCUUAAAUUGGAGGCUAUCCUGCGCAGUGAUAGAGCUUUUGUUGGCUCAAAGGCAAGUGCGGCAAAUGGGGUGAGGGUGGGGGUUCCGCGGCAUGACACGGUCGGAACGAAUACGGCAUUGUUGACAUUGUGCUGGGAUGAUCAGGAGAGCGUGCGUGCGCAGAUCCUGCAGGCCAUGGACUGA